CCAUUCUGCUGUCAGAGUGACGGGGCAGGUAGCACCACUCACUGUGCAUUGACACUCACGCACAUAGGUGAGUGCCAAACUCACACACACACGCAGAGAUGACAUCCACACACACUCACAGGUGACAGCCACUCACCACACACAGAGGUGACAGCCCCACACACUCACACACACGAACACACGCAGAGGUGACAGGCACACACACUCACACACACUCACAUUCACACGCGGUGCCACUGAACGCGUGCAUCGAAUCAUUAUCGUUCACCCCACGGAGCUGUGACUUGGGCUAACAACGAUUUCCUGUCCUCCAUUCGUAAAGGAAUGGCCGCGAUUUCUACUCUUGGAACAACAAAAGCAACAACAAUAGUAAUACUAUUAUUAAUUGGAACGGUGUUCGCUGACAGCGCGGGGGUUGGGGAUGGCUCGGAGUCCGGAGUGCAGCGCCAAGGAAGAACACCACGUGAAUUAAUGGUCGUCACCCCAGAGAAAAUGAACGCCGUAGCAGGCAGCAAGAUUUUCCUGCCCUGCUCCUACACCUGUACAAUCAGCGGCAUUAACCACACGCUGGCGGAGUGGUUAAGGAUCAUUGAUGGACGUGAAGAAAGGCUUUAUCAAUUCCCCAAUGGAGAUAUACAAUGGCCUUUACAGGCCACCUGGAUGGGUGAUGUGUCCAAGUGCGACGCCUCCAUCACCGUCAGUGAAAUCAAGACCCACGACUCUGGGAAAUAUCGCUGUGAGGUCACGGUGUAUCCACAAUACAUGGAAGGCAUUGGGUAUCUACAGUUGAAUGUCAACAGUCCAUCAGAACUCGUGGUUGUGACCCCAGAUAAAAUGGAUGUCAUAGUAGGCACUACAUUUCUCCUGCCCUGCUCCUACACCUGCACAAUCAGCAACGUUACCCACACGCUCGUGGAGUGGUUCAGGAUCAUCGAUGGGCGAGAAGAGAGGAUUUAUCAAUACCCCGAUGGAGAGACCAGCCACUGGCCUUUACAGGCCACCUGGGUGGGUGAUGUGUCCAAGUGCGACGCCUCCAUCACCGUCAGCGACAUUCAGACCCACGACUCUGGGCGAUAUCGAUGUGAGGUCUCGGUUUAUUCCCCAACUGUGCAAUACCACAUUGGGUAUCUACAGCUGAUUGUCCACCCGCGAACAGACCUGGCCGUUGUCACCCCGGAUGCAAAGGACGCCACAGUAAACAGCACGGCUCUCCUGCCCUGCUCUUACACCUGCAACAUCACGGGUAUUAGACACACGCUGGUGGAGUGGUUCAGAACCAUAGACGGACGCGAUGAGAAGGUUUGUAAGAUCAUACACAGAAAGAGAAGCCUCAGGCCAUUGCAGGUAACGUGGGUGGGUGAUGAGUCCACGUGUGACGCCUCCAUCACCAUCAGCGACAUCCAGACCCAUGAUGCUGGACAAUAUCGCUGUGAGGUCACGAUUUAUCGAUACGACACGCCAAGCAUGCAAGACAUCGGGUAUCUGCAGCUCAACGUUCACAAUGAACCAGAACCGAGCGACGCAACACCCACGCCAAGCCCAGCUCCAGCUCCAUCACCUGUUGCUGGCAUCGUCCUUGGAGUCAUUGCUCUCCUAGUUGCUGCUGGAGUUGUUUUUUACUGCAGGAGGAGGAGAAGGACGAGACCACGUCAGCCAAGAGAACCAGAAGCCCGCAGGCCUCAAGAAAUGCAGCCAAUGAACCCAGUUGGAGAAGAUGCAGGUGAGAGUGACAGAGGUCAAGUUGCACCGGCAGAGGAAGGAGAUGAGCCAAACGAUGAAGAAGGAGAACGUGAGACCUCAACUUAGAGAAGCCAGAAGUCCAGCCAACCUGUCUCAAACCAUCUUAACAAAUGCAGCAACUUGUACCAAUCAACUCACCACUUUACCAAUCAACUCACCACUGCUAGAAACUGACCCUCAUAGAGUCCAUGAUCAAGACGCCGGCAAUGUAGCGACGUGCAGUUGAACCGCAAUGCCUCGUGAGGUUAACGUAAAGAUACCAAAGUCCUGGUUAGAUCUGGACCAUCUGAAAAUGGAGAUGUAGAACGGGAGGCCUCAACUGUGUGGGCGUGGCUAUAGAAAUGUGGGCGUUGCUGGUGGUGGAGGGAGGGGCAACCAGCUGACCACGUGUCACUGUUGAGCCUCCCAGACACGUGGUAGCUUUACGUUCAUUUUGCAACGUGCACUGUCGUGCUGCUUCACAAAUGAUUGGCAUAGAGACCCCGAAUAUUUACACAGAGACCCACAGAUUUACAAAGUGACCCAUAUAUUCACAUAAACACCAUAGAUUCACAUAGAGACCCAAAGGCCCACAUACAGACCCACUAUUGGACACAGAGCCACAUAAAUUCAGACAGACACCCAACCACUCACACAGAAAGCCAAUGGCUAAUAUAGUGACCCAUUCAUGAAAAUAUAGACGAGCAUACUUUAUAGAAACUCAUAGACUUAGAUAAACACAUGGUUGUGAUUAAACUGGGCUCUCAAAUGCGAUGAGUUUGAUGGUCUCAGCUCGGUCACCAAUGACUUCUCAAAACAAAACCCAUCGUGUAAAUUUGUCCCAUCUUUCUGCAUUUGUCCGAUAAUUAAAACGUCUGCUUGGCUGCCGUGUGACAACGUCUCAAGGUGAGUCGUGCGAGGCGUUGCGAGCCCAGCUGUGUGGAGGCUAUGCAGGGAAUGAAGGGUUCUUGUGACAAGUCGGGUCCAGUCCCAUUCACAGCCGUUUGUUUCACACACUGGGGUCGCACCGCUCUGCAACAUUGAUAAGUGGAUUCCUUGAAUUAUAUACUGUUAAAAAAAGUGUAUUUUUACAUUCGAGUACUGCAAACUCUUCCCUCUCGCGGGUUUAGCUAUCAUGGUUUUGCAGUUUCAUGCCAAGGCUAUUGAGGUACAGAGUUCGCCAAUCGCGCCCCUGUGGCUGGACCAUUCGCGGCUGAUCACGAGAUUUCUGUACGCGUCGUAACUGCACUGCUCGCGAUGAUGCUGCUGCCGGGGAAGAACACACACAGUGCCAUCUUGUCUCAGUCUUGUCUCUGUCUUGUCUCCAUCUUGUCUCUAUGUUGUCUCCCGUCUCUUCUCUCAAGCGGCCCAUUGGGGGUCCCGGGUCACGUGGUGUUUCCAUCCUCGAGUGAUGAGGCAGUGAGGUUCAGCCGCCCGCCAUUUUUCUUUCUAUCAUGCGUUAGGAACCGUGAACCAACCCCCAUUAUCCCCAUUUGCCUUCGAGUUUGGGGAAGGCGAAUUUUCCGAUUGCAGCUUUUUAACAAGAACUUAACCUCGGCGAUGGGCAAGAGUUUGCUGUAGACUUCAUGCUAAAUCAAUGCAGGUGUAUUCUAUUUUUGCAAGGCAUAAUGCACUUUUAUAUAUUUUGUAUGCACAAAUUUUAUAUAUAUUGAAUUUGAUUCGAAGAUAUGCAUUACUCAGCGAAUUAUUGACCUCUUCUAUUAAUAUUGCGAGUAGAGGCCAUGCACGAGUAUUUAUUUGAAAUCGUAACGAGUAUUACUCUGGAAAAAUCUUGAUAACCCACACGCCUCCGUACAUGUUUUUCAGCAAAACCCGACAAUGUAGCACCCAAAGCCAACACAACGAUGCUGAGUUGUUUUGGGUUUAAUGGCAAGAAUGUUGACACAGAGCCCCCAAACAAACACGGGUCAUUGUGAUGGCGACAGUGACGACUGACCUCUAUUGGCUGGAAAUGCAGGCAUAAAACUGAGAUCAACUUUGUUUACCAAGAAGGCAUCUUGAGCGCUAUACGAGGUUUGCCUGUAUACAGCAGUCCCUCGGUUAACAGUGACGUCUGUUAACGGUUGUUCGGUUAACGUUUUGCCUCCCAUAGGACCACAUGGUUUCUACUAAUGUUAACAUUGUGAUUAUCAGUACGUUUACGUUACGCAUGCAAGGCGCUAAUUUCGGCCAAUCUGAGUACUCUUAAAUGGGCAGAGCCAUGCCCUCAGCCAAUCAGCGAUGUGCAUUUAUGAGCGUUUAGACCUCGACUGGCUUUGUUUAAAUUAUCACGUGUGCUGUUUUGGCAGUGGAAACAGCUCUUUUGCAGACUAAGUGAUUUUGACUUAUAUUUAAACUCACGAGUGAGUUAUAUUAACAGUUAUUUUAGUAAACAGAAGUUUUUGUUGAUCGGGACAAAAUGUUAACCAAACGACUACUUUAUAUAUACCAGCUGGGGGGAGGGGCAUUUCACGGACCCAAGGGAUGUGGUUGUUCAUGCUUGGAUAUGUAAGUGGUGGGUGUUGUUGACCUGUGUGUAACAGUGUGCAGAAAUGAUUUCAUUUAAGGUAAUCAUUCGAUAAUUGAAACGAAAUGUAUAAUCACUACCUAAAGACUUGUGUAUACACAAUGUUUUUCAUAUGCACUCCAUACUCUUCUGCACAAAAUGGGUCUUCAGUGAACGCGGUGGCAUUUGAAUCUUGACGUAACGCUUGACAAUGCCACGUAUGAUUGUCCAUGAGCUAAAAACUGGUUGCGGCAAAUACAAUCCCCAAAUGGUGAACGGACUGUCCUUGAGCUUUGUUGAUGAUCAUUGCAAGUGCAACUUGAACAGGGGACUAAUUAGAUUCGUCCGAGUUGGGACGGAGCAGUUGAUUCGUUACCUGAUCAUCGUAAUGCGAAGUAUUAAAACUCUUUUCCCAUGAAGAGAGCCGGUCAUCAUCAUCGCAUCGAUGCAAUUUCUUGCCAAUGGGCAGAUUUGAAAAUCUCGUUCCAUUGCAGAGACCUUGUUCUCCAACGUGUGCCCAAUGGCAAAAGGGACAUCAACGAAUUAAUUGAUUAUGCGAUUAAAAUUAAUAUCUCAAAACAGUAGUCUUCAUGCGAGUGUAUAGAUUCGGAAAAUAGAUGCUUAUCAUACUCUUUGGUUCUAUUGGGUAAAGUCACGUAGGUAAAAAAGAAAAUAACAAAAAUCACGACGUUUCAGCCACAACACAAGCGGCCGUCAU